GCCCGCGGCAGGACGCCGCCGCCGGGACCGCCUCGGGUGCCGAGCGCGACGAGGUGCCGCGAGCGGCCAACGACAGCGGCGCUGCCCGAGCGCCGCUCGAGGUCGACGAUGCGGGCGGCGCAGGCGGGCUCGGGUUCGACGGCGAGCUGCCGCGCGGCGAGGGCCAGCUCGUCUUCGAGGACGGCGCGCUCGGCCUGCCGCCGACGACGUCGUCGACGCUGUCGCCGAUCCAGCCGCUGCCCAACGUCGGCACGGGCGAGCCGUCCGACCCGCUCGUGCACCUCAAGGACCGCGCCAACUACGCCGGCGCCGAGUGCGCCGCCAAGCUGCACCGCUCGUCGCGCCAGUCCAAGGGCGCCUCGUCGAUCCUGACCGAGAAGAAGGACCGGUACAUGCUCACGCCGUGCUCGGCGACGCCCAAGUUUGUCGACGUCGAGUUGUGCGACGAGGUCCAGAUCGACGCCCUCGUGCUCGCCAACUUUGAGUUCUUCUCCAGCACGUUCAAGCACUUCAAGGCGAGCUGUAGCGUCGACUACCCGGGCAAGCCUGACGACUGGCACGACCUCGGCACCUUUCGGGCUCGCAACGUCCGCGGCGUCCAGGUCUUUCGCCCGCUCAGCAACCCGCCGUUCUGCCGCUACGUCCGCAUCGACUUCCUGUCGCACUUUGGCAGCGAGUACUACUGCCCGGUCUCGCUCCUGCGCGUGUACGGCUACACGCAGCUCGAGUCGUUCCGCGAGUCGGAGCGCAAGGCCAAGGCGCUCGAGGACGCGCUCGCGGCGGCAGAGCUCGGCGAGGGCGAGGCCGAGGGCGACGAGGACGGCGCCGAGCGUGCUCUCGAAGGUGCGCUCGAGGUCGAGGUCGACAAGGUCGAGCGCGUCGAUGAGCGCGACGUCGCCGUCGUCGUGUCGAGCGUCGAGUCGUCCGAGCAGGGGCAGACGUCGAGCGAGGCGCCCGUCGUGACCUCGGCGGCGGCCGCGGCGGGCUCGAGCAGCGCGCCGCCGACGCCCUCACCCUCUUCGACCGCGCCCUCAACCUCGCCCUCUCCCCCCCUGGAGGACGAGCCGCCAUUCACGCUCUCGGACGCGCCAUCGAUCUCGUUCGAGGCGGCCCACACGAGCAGCGCCCCGCCGGCUCCUUCCACCUCGUCCUCGCUUGAGGGCUCCUCGACGUCCAACUCGUCGAGCGCAUCGUCCACGUCUGUCGCCAUCACGGCCGUCGAGACUAGCUCCGGCUUGACUGCCUCGGCCGAGCCGGGCGCACACUCGACGGCGUCGACCACCGACUCGGUCGCCACGACCUCGUCCGCAUCGCCCGCCGACAGCUCUCGCGCCCCGGCCUCCUCGCCGACGACAACCUCGCCAUCUCCUCCAUCGUCCUCGUCCCUCGUCCCUCCGCUUUCGACGGCGGUGACGCAUACAGCGACGGGUCGACCCGCGACCGGCAGCGACCAUCCCGUUGCCUCGCCUCGCCCACCCCCUCUUCCAUCCUCCUCCUCCUCCUCCACGGCAUCCCGCAACGAUACACAUGCAUCGUACGCCUCGCCACCACAUCAUCCAGCAUCGGCGACGCACGUUCCGCGCGCGCCCCUCCCUGUCCCUCCCCCUCCACCACCACCUCCCGCCGUCGCCCAGCCCCAGCCGGGCGAAUCGAUCUAUGGCACCAUCAUGAAGCGCCUCGCGAGCCUCGAGCACAACCAGACGCUCGCGAUGGGCUUCAUCGAGGCGCAGAGCGGCAUGCUGCGCGAGGCGUUUGGGCGGGUCGAGCGCCGCCUGGGCGACGUCGAAGGGUCGAGGAGCCGGCAGGAGCAGAGCUUGCGCCAGUCGUUGCUCGAGCUCGAGAAGCAGCGGGUCGACCUCGAGCGCGAGCGGCUCGCUCUCGCGUCCCAGAUCAACCUGCUCUCCCAGGAGAUCCGCUUCGAGAAGCACCUCACCCUCGCUCAGCUCGUCGGUCUCCUCCUCGUCGUCAUCUUUGUCGGCUUCACGCGCGGUAUCCCGACGAGCCCGUUCCUCCACCUCGCGUCGACGACGUCGACGGCGCGCGCGAGCAAGCGCAAGGCCGAGGCGCUCGGCGUGACGGCGUCGUCGAGGGAGAAGGACUGGGAGGAGCAGCGAGGGCAGGAGACCGAGGGCGACAAGGCCGAGCCUGUCACGUCUGAAGCACCUCGCCGCACCCACCGCGUCAGCCCCUCGGCCUCGCUCUCUCGACACUCGUCCGCCAAGCGCUACCCGUCCAUCUCGAAGCCCGGCGCCCUGCGCCGGCACUACGGGCCCAUGACGGGCUCGUCCUCGUCCUCGUCCAAGGCCAUGUCGCGCUCGUGGACCCCGCCCGUCCGCCACUCGUCCGCCCCGCCCGAGGACGUCCUCGACCCGUCCGGCAACCUCGUCGACGCGACCCGCCGGCGACUCGUGCCGCGCGCGACGGGCAGCGGGCUCGGAGCGAGCAGGGCGUACGAGUUCCCGAUGCGCUCGCCGGGCGGGUCGGGCACGACGUCGCCCGCUCGGGGCGCGACCGCCCAGCCGCCGCCGGCUCUCGCGCUCCCGCUCCCGUCGCCGUCGAGCCACUUGACGCCACAGGCGCUCGAGUCGAUCCGGACCCGGGACCUGACGCCCUCGUCGGCGGACGAGGCCGACGGCGAGCAGGUCGAGCCUCGGGCGGCGGCGGCGGCGGCGGAGCCAGCAGGACUCGGCCGCACCGGGCUGCCCUUCCCGCUUGAGACGAUUCCGUCGUUCGACGGCUACUCGACGUACAGCAGCGAGGACGAGGCGGCGCCCCUCGCACCGCAUCGGCGAGUCGCGCCGCCGGUACCGGCCGUCCCCUCGGCGUCGGCGGACCGCCUGGACAAGGGCAAGGGCAGGGCGCCCGUACCCUCGCCCUCGUCGUCGUCGGCGGCGAGCGGCUCGAGCCCGGGCGCACGGCCGCCGAAGCCGCACGUCCCGCCAAGGCCGGCGACGGCGCUCGGGAUCCGGUUGCCGUCGAAGCAGGAAACCAGCGAUGCGGCGCAGCAGGACGGCGACGAGCUGCGAGGGUUCGCGGUGCAGGUGCCGAGGAGCGCACUGCCGUCGCCGCCGCCGGAGCCUGUGCCUCUGCCGCGACGGGUGAGCGGGACGCACGGCAGCGGCAAGGACGACGAGUAGCUCUCGCUCUGCAACCUUCGCGCUUCUCUCGCAA